AUGUCGGACCAGGCCGUGCCCGACGCGGAGGGCCCCGCGGCCGGGCGCGCCUCCAUGCUGAGUGCCGUGCAGCAGUACCUGGCCGGGCCCGAGGGCCGCGCGGUGUACGACGCGCUCCACUCUGGCAUUGCGGAGACCCUCGGCGAGCCCGUCGUCGCGGACAUCCUGCAGCGGUGCGUCGCGCUGCUGUGCGAGCUGCCCCCGCCUGCCGCGUCCUUCCCCGCCGACGCUCCUGUGCCGCCAACGUCGCCUGAGUCGCGAGCGAUGACGUACGCCGACGUCCUGUGCGAGUACGCGCACCAGCGCCUCCACACCGGCCAGUGGAGCACCGUCGCCGAGCAGUGGCGCGACCUCUUCUCCCUCGCGACGUGCCUGAAGCUCGCCGCGUGGUGCGCGCUGCCGCCGCGACGCCAGGACGAGGGCGCGGGGCCCUGGACGGCCAUGCUCAAGGAAUGCGACAUGGCCACGAUGCUCGGCGGGCCAGCGGCGCGCCCUCUGGUCGACCGGCUGGCGGCGACUGCGCAGGACCGGGCCGCGGCGCACACCUCGGAGCCCGGACCCGCCUCCGAGACGUCGGCGGGGCGCAAGCGUCCGCGGUCGCCGGACCUGGAUGAAGCCGGCGGGGCCGCGCGCGCGGACGACGACGACGACGACGCUCCCGCACUCCCCCCGGGGUCCUUUGACAGCGCACGCGGCAGCCCCGUGCCAGCGGCGCCUGCGCCGUCGCUCGAGACGUUCCUGACGGCGUACAUGGCCCCCGGGGUGCCCGUGGUGAUCCGAGGCGCGAUGGACCACUGGCCGGCGCUGACACGGUGGCGCGACCCAUCGUACCUGGACGGGGUCGCGGGGCUGAGGACGGUGCCCGUCGAGCGCGGGAACUACAUGUCGGAGACGUUCGCGACGCGGCUGAUGCCCGUGCGCGACCUCCUGCGGCACAUUCACGGCGGGGGCGCGGGGGGGGGUGAGAAGUUGUACCUGGCGCAAUACACCCUCUUCGACCACGUGCCGGCGCUGGCGCGCGACGUCGCCACGCCGGACUACUGCUCCCUGGGCGAGGGCGAGGUGCGCGCGGUGAACGCGUGGCUCGGGCCGGGCGGGACCGUGACACCCCUCCACUACGACCCCCCCUUCCACAACCUGCUGUGUCAGGUGGUCGGGCGCAAGUACGUGCGGCUGUACAGCCCGGACCAGUCCGACGCGCUGUACCCGCACCCGUCCGGCUUGCACACCAACACGUCCCGGGUCGACCUGGACCGCCCCGACGCGGGGGAGUUCCCGCUGCUGUCAGGGGCGUCGUUCCAGGAGUGCGUGAUCGGGCCGGGCGAGAUGCUCUACGUGCCGCCGAAGUGGUGGCACUACGUGCGGUCGCUGUCGCCGUCGUUCUCCGUCAGCUACUGGUGGGACUGA